AUGAGAGAAAGCAGUUCAGAGAUUCUGCUACCUACGAGUACUGGCGAAACCCGUCUGGAGACGGUAGAAGAAACAUGGAAUGCGCGUAACAUAGUCCUCCUUCUUUCAAUGUGCCUGGUUUACUUCGUCCUAUACGCAGCAUACUCAGUUUACGCGCCAUUCUUACCAAGUGAGGUAAGUACAAUCAUGUCGUCCUAUAUUUAACGAAAGUUCUAUGGUAAUUGCAACAGAACAUCCCCCUUAAAAGCCUUCCUUAAGGAGUGAGUUUUCAUUGGUUGAAAUUGAAAUCAUGCCGUGCUGUAAUGUCGCGACAUUCAUAAUCCCCGCACCUUCAGUUCAUUUUGCGACUGAAUCUGAUCUUAUUCAUUACUUACAUCUCAUCUUAACUUGUUAAUUUUUAGGCAGAAGAUAGAGGCGUAUCUAAAAUUUAUGUUGGAUUGAUAUUUGGAUCCUACGCCUUUGCAAUUUUCCUAACCUCACCACCAUGGGGAGUUCUUGUAAGUACAUGUACUGCGUAAUUCUUUUUAUUUCAAAAAGGUGCAACGUUACUCGUUCACCAAAAAGCUCAAACAUCAAGUGAAUUCAGAAGAAUCUAACCAAUCCAUCAAGUAUCAUGAAAUGCAUAUUUUUUUCAGGUGCCCAAAUAUGGUGCACGCAAUAUACUUUUAACAGGUAUUUUUAUCGCUGGAACAUCUUUGAUGUUAAUGGGGUAAGCACAAAACUUGAUACUUUAGUUAGUUAGUUCAUGUGAUUCCUUAAUGUUUUAUUGCGCAGGCUGUACUGCGCAUAACAUCACCCAUAGGAUUUGACGAUAUUCAAAGGGUAAUGGAGGGAUCAGUCGCCACCAACAGAGUAUAAUGGGGGAACUGUAGAAUAUUGACUGCCAGUUAACUGUUGACAUGAGGAGGGGGGAGGUCGUAAGAAUAUUACCGAGCCAACCCCCCCUCCCUCCCGGAACUCCUCAGGCGAUAAAUCAUUACCGAUCUCUGAUGAUAACUUUAAUACCGAGAGAGGUUUGAGAACUUUAUUUCUUGUGAAUUCUUUUAUGAGGAUAUAAUGUGUUUAAAUAUGUUUUGUUUUCUAGAUUUGGCGAAGUGAUUUUUGAUCCAACAAUGUUUAUAGUCUUUUGCUUUGUGUUACGAAUAACAUCAGCAAUUGGGGCAGCGGCAGCUGAAACUUCUGUCCUCGCUUUCGUGCUCCAGAGGUUUCCAAAUAAUACCGGAGCAAUUGCUGUAUGUUUGCAUUCAGAUGUUAAUAAUUCAUGAGCUGUUACUCUAAGGCUCCGUUCAAACUAUGCUAGAUAAAUAUGAAAACGACGUUUUCACUCUGGUAACGCAAGUAACUUAUAUCCGUCCAAACGGAUGAAACGUUUUCUGUCCACAGUACGCCGGAUAAAUUUGUAUACGCGACAACCAACGGCUGCAACCACUAUUUCAAAACAUGAUAACAGUGCUCAUUCUGCCAAAAUAUAAAAGCAGUGACUUUGUUAUGUUUGGAAAGCUCGAUUUAAAUCCGAAUUAGUGUGGACGACGACCUAACCGUGUGUGAAUGAACCCGUGUUCUCAAAUUUCUCCGCAGCGCUUUAUUUUGGACUGUUGAUCACUGACAUUUAUUUAGAACAAGUACAACUUUCUGAUUGCCGCUUAUUUCGUUCAGGUUUUUUUGCAUUGUGAUAUCCAAAUACAGUCACAGCCCGACUUGUCGCACGGUUCACUUCAAAGAGUAUCGGACAUGUAUCGACGCACUUCUGUGCAUAGUGACUAGUCGAAUCUUUAAAAAAAAUGUAAAAAAGCGUUAGUAAAGUAAGGGAUUUUCAGAACUGGAGACUAAAUUCUGUUCCAUUCAGACAAAAUGAUUGUUGCUCUUUUAGUUCUACCAGAAAGACAAAUCUUUAAUUAUAUAUUUCUUUUACUUUUUCUUGGAAUGAUAUAAAGAGUGAUUUUUCCCUUGUAAAUCCAUUUGUUUAGGCAGGAAUGCAGCUAUCUUGUCUUGGUGGAAAUUCCUUUGCUCCAGUUUUCGGAGGGUUUCUCUACACGGUGAGUACAAACCUGGUAAAACAGGGAUUUCAAUUUAAGAUUAAGAACAAUGGGGGAGAUCACCUAAGUUAUCUUGGAUCAUCAUUGUAUUUAUUUAUUUAUUUAUUUAUUUGCAAUACAACUUCUGCGCAAAGGUUGAGCGUCAAUAUUCAGAGCUGAUCCUAUAAAUUAAUUAGCAGUGCUACCGGUACUCGUUAUUUUUACAAACCUUUCCUGUUCACAGAGUAACCACAAUUAGGGUUAUGGACAUCUAAAACUGCAUGCAAUUACGCACGUAAGCAGUUUGGCGAUUAUAAUCACUCGUGCUGAAAAAAAGUGAGGAAGAAGGGGGGGGGGCUUUACUCGUGAUGGGCGUUUACCUUGAGGGAGGCGCGUAUUUGAACGUGGCUUAUCGAAAAAAAUUAAAAGUGAAAAUGCACUGAGAAUAAUGGAAAAUGCGCUGAGACACUUGAAAAGUGUUUACACAUCAUAGUGCGUUCUUUCGGGAGAUUUUUUGCUUGCGAGGAAUGCUUUAUCAUUCUUUUGCACAAGGUAAAACUGACUUUGCUUUGACACGUGGUCUUCGGUCGUGUCAACAGUUUUCUCGUAUUGGUAAUAUCUCUCAUUAGAUCGCUUCGUUCACUCCUGAUAGACUUCAUCAACGCUCGAAGGUAAAAUUCGUUUGCACUUAUGGUCAUGUAAUAUCCAUUAUAUAUACCUAAAUACCCCUUGAUUUCAAAAUAUAGGCUCAAGUUUGUCUGACUGAGUGACGAGUGUGUAAGCACGAAACUCAGAGUUACAGGGAAUCAUGCGUGUUUUUUUUUAGUCAUUUUGAACUGUAGGCUCAAGUUUAGGAAUGUUGCACCUUAAUAACAAAAUCCUUUUUUCAUUCCAUGAUAUACAUAUUUUUGCUUCAGGUAGGAGGCUUCAAACUUCCUUUCAUCAUUAUGGGUAUAAUUCUGUUAUGUAGCACUGGAGUUUUAGCUUUUCUGCUAUCACACGAAACAGGUUGGUGAGGUAAAACAUGUAAACUAUCUGUCAGACUUAGUACGAAAAUGAUUUUCUUUUUGAUAUAUUUAUCCACUUGAAACAUUUCCAUUUUUUUUAACUGAUUAGAGAGUCAUAAAGAUGGUGAAUCAAAGGAAAGCAUAUCCAUUUGUAAAUCUAUGCGACCAUUAAAGAUUCCCGCUGUUUUUAUGAUGGGUAAGUUUCACAAGCAUCCUGGGUAAGCCAUUAACUAUAAAUAACACAGCCCGCGAGCAAGCUGUCACCGUGCUACGACACAAUCAGCGAAGCCGUUGAAGGGCUGGGCACGAGAAAUUCGAGCCAGGCUUUUUGCAGCUCGUGCCGUCAAACCGGCAAACAAAUUACAAGCUUUGUUUCCAACUUACUUCACGACUCUAUUCUGUUUAUGAAAAAAACUCAAGAUUAAACAUCUAGGAUAAGUAUCACGCAAAUUUAGAUGCAUACGAUUUUUUUUUCCCAAACGAAAUUUAUCACUAUGGCUCCCAUACAUAGCUCUUUACCCACCAUUUUGUGAACUUAAUUCCCCGCAAAAACUAGUGGCGCCCUUUGUUUGUGGCCUUAAUUCUUUCCAAAACGAAAACUUAUUGGAAAGUCAACAUUUCUUUUUUUUGUACCCAGAGUUUACCUCUGUUAUCGGUUGCUUGUGUUAUGGUUUCAUACAACCAAUCUUGGCGCCUCAGUUAAGGAAGGUAAGUUGGUUUUGUAUAUCUAACCUCGAUAUUGGUGACAAGUUACGAUAUUUAGCAAUAUCGAAAUCGAAGUCUUCCUCAGCAAAUUUAUUUUGGCGCAUAAACUACGUGUACAACUUUGUUCAUAAGUCUUUAUCUGUUUCCUUAUAGCUGGGUCAAAAUAGCGUGCAGAUUGGUCUUGUUUUCUUCUUAUUUGCCGGUUUUAACGCCCUCUCAGCGUUAGCAUUGGGCUUUAUAGCAGACAAAACG